AAAGCUAUUGCGCCAUGGGACUGGGAGCGUUCUCGAGAAAGUUACUACAAAAAGGGAACUGUUGCAUUUGACAUGCAGGGUGUUACUCGCAAACGCUGUGAGUUGAUGGAAAUGCUGCAGGAUGAAAUGCUCGAAGCCGCGAAGAAACGAGGAACGCGAUAA